AUGAGGCCUGAGAACCAGAGCAGGGUGUCCCAGUUCCUCCUCCUGGGGCUCCCCAUCCACCCAGAGCAGCAGGGCCUGUUCUUUGCCCUGUUCCUGGGCAUGUACAUGACCACAGUGCUGGGGAACCUGCUCAUCGUCCUGCUCAUCAGGCUGGACUCUCGCCUCCACACCCCCAUGUACUUCUUCUUCAGCCACUUGGCCUUCUCUGACAUUUCCUUUUCAUCUGUCACAGUUCCAAAGAUGCUCAUGAACAUGCAGACUCAGCAACAAUCCAUUUCCUAUGUGGGGUGCAUUUCACAGGUGUAUUUCUUUCUACUUUUUGGUUUCCUUGACAGCUUUCUUCUCACAGUGAUGGCGUAUGACAGGUAUGUGGCCAUCUGUCACCCUCUCCACUACACCAUCGUCAUGAGGGAGGAACUUUGUAUCAUCCUAGUGGCUGGAUGCUGGUUCUUCUCUUGUGCCCAAGCUCUUCUGCACACCCUCCUCCUGGACCAGUUGAUGGGCAAUACCAACUGGACCAGUGUAUCCCAUUUUGUUCUCUUGGGCAUCUCUACCCAUCUCGAAGAGCAGAUCCCACUCUUCUUUCUUUUUCUACUGAUGUAUGCAAUCAACAUUUUUGGGAACCUGGCCAUCAUCAUGUUGAUUAUCUCUACUCCACAUCUCCACACCCCCAUGUACAUCUUCCUCAGUAAUUUGGCUUUGGCAGACAUCUGUUUCACCUCCACCACGGUCCCCAAGAUGCUACAGAACAUUUUCUCACCUACGAAGGCCAUUACCUACAUGGGCUGCUUAGCCCAGACUUAUUUUUUCAUUUGCUUUGCAGCCAUGGAAAACUUUCUUCUGGCUGUGAUGGCCUAUGAUAGAUACAUCGCCAUCUGCUACCCUUUCCGCUACCCUACAAUCCUAACCAGAAUGCUGUGUUCACAGAUGGUGAUUCUGUGCCAUAUCCUCUCCCAUCUUCAUGCCCUGCUGCACACCUUUCUUAUGGGCCAAUUAAUCUUCUGUGCAGAUAACAAGAUCCUCCAUUUCUUCUGUGACCUCUACCCUCUGAUGAAGAUUUCCUGCUCCAGCCCCUACCUCAACACCCUGAUGAUUCACACAGAAGGUGUUAUUGUCAUCAACGGAACUCUGGCUUUCAUCAUUGCCUCCUAUGCCCGCAUCAUCUCAGUGGUCCUCCAGAUCCCCUCAGCCAAGAGCAAAUGGAGAGCCUUUUCUACCUGUGGCUCCCACCUCACUGUGGUCGCUAUCUUCUAUGGCACACUCACGUGGGUCUACUUCCGCCCCCUUACCAGCUAUUCGGAGACUGAGGGUCGCAUCCUGACAGUCAUGUACACAGUGGUUACCCCCAUGCUGAACCCCUUCAUUUACAGCCUGAGGAAUGAAGAUGUCAAGGGAGCCUUCAGGAAAUGGUGUGUUUAGGUGACAGUUCCAUGGCUGAUCUCCUUUAUGUUUUACCAAAUGAUUUGCAUCACCUGUUACCACUGUAGCCUC